AAGGUGAUCCUCGGCAUUGGAUUCAGGAGCCCCUGCCUGCUCCUCAAGGUUCUCAGCCUGUGGAGUCACUGCUUUUUUCUCUCAUUCCAUGCCUCAUAGGGCUAGGGAGAAUCAUCCCAAAGCUUCCUACAACAAAUAUAAAAAACAUUUUACACAGAAUUUGGAAGACAGUUUUAAAAACAGCAGGAGGAAUAAAACAGGCUACAUGACUUGCUAAAAGAAGAGAAGAUGUUAUGUUGGGGAUAUUGGACUUUUGGACACCCUGGGGCAGGUAGCCCACUCCAGGCUAUAAUUGCUGAGCCUCGGGCCAGUGGGUUCAUUCAUGAGAGGAGCGUCAAGGAAGUGGCUUGUGGCGGGAACCAUUCUAUCUUCCUGCUGGAGGAUGGGGAAGUAUAUACAUGUGGCGUGAACACCAAAGGACAACUCGGCCAUGAGAGGGAAGGAAGCAAGCCAGAGCAAAUUGGUGCCCUAACUGAUCAACAUAUAGUCCAUGUUGCCUGUGGAGAAUCUCACAGCGUUGCCCUCAGUGACCAAGGCCAGCUCUUUUCCUGGGGUGCAGGCAGCGAUGGCCAGCUAGGCCUCACAACAACAGAAGACUCAGUGGCUGUACCAAGGUUAAUAAAAAAGCUGAACCAAGAGAUGAUACUUCAGGUCUCCUGUGGCAACUGGCAUUGUCUAGCUCUUGCAGCUGAUGGACAGUUCUUUGCCUGGGGACAGAACAGCCAUGGGCAGCUUGGGCUGGGUAAAGAAUUCCCUUCCCAAACCAGUCCUCAGCGCAUCAAAUCGCUGGAUGGGAUCCCUUUGGCCCAGGUUGCUGCAGGAGGAGCCCAUAGCUUUGCCUUGUCUCUCUCAGGAGCUGUGUUUGGUUGGGGGAAGAAUACUUCGGGACAGCUGGGACUGAGUGACGAGCGAGACCGGGAGUCUCCGUGCCAUGUGAAGCUCUUAAGGACUCAAAAGGUUGUCUAUGUCAGCUGUGGAAAUGACCACACGGCUGUCCUCACAAAGAGUGGAGGGGUGUUCACCUUUGGCGCAGCUUCCUGUGGGCAGCUUGGCCAUGACUCCUUGAAUGACGAAGUCAACCCCAGAAGGGUCCUGGAACUGAUGGGCAGUGAGGUGUCCCAAAUUGCUUGUGGUAGUCAGCACACUCUAGCCUUUGUGCCUUCUUCAGGAAUAAUCUAUGCAUUUGGCUGUGGAACCAGAGGCCAGCUGGGAACUGGACACACCUGCAAUCUUAAAUGUCCUUCCCCAGUCAAAGGCCACUGGGCAGCUCACAAUGAAAAAAUCUCUGACAGAACAGAUGCCUGUACAUAUUACAUUGCUAAACAUAUCUUCUCUGGAGGAGACCAGACAUUUGUACUUUGCUCUGAAACAGAGAAUUCUCUGCCAUCUGAUGAUUUCCGGACCAUAAAUCAAAGCGACUACACCUGUUCGAUUAACGACAAUACAAUAGACAUGUGGCGACAAAAGCUUUCAGAAAAGAACAAUCCUAAUUCAGUGAACAGUGAGGUUGUGCAGGUCCUGUCCUCGGCUGCCUGCUGGAACGGAAGCUUCCUAGAAAGGAAAAUAGAUGAACAUUUUAAAACUAGUCCCAAAGUUCCAGGGAUUGACUUGAAUUCCACCAGAGUGAUGUUUGAUAAACUCAUGACAUCUCAGCAUUCCAUCUUGCUUGACCAGAUCUUGAAGAGCUUCGAAAGCUUUUUGAUCCCACAGUUGCCCAGCUCCCCUCCAGAUGUUGAAGCCAUGAGGAUCUAUCUGAUUCUCCCAGAGUUCCCACCGUUUCAAGACUCAAAGUACUAUGUAACCUUAACGCUUCCCUUGGCGAUGGCCAUCCUACGCCUGGACAGAAAUCCCAGUAAAGUCCUAGAUAACUGGUGGUCUCAGGUGUGUCCAGGGUACUUCUUGAGGCUGGUGGAUCUCUAUAAAGGUGCUGUGGUUUACCUCUUGAAUGGGAGAAAAACAUUAUUGAUCCCUGUCCUUUACAGCAGUUACAUCACAGCUGCACUAAAACUUCUGGAGAAACUUCAUAAAGUAAAUCAGAAAGUUAAACAUGUAGAAUAUGACAAGUUUUAUAUCCCAGAGAUUUCCACUCUGGUGGAUAUUCAGGAAGACUACCUGAUGUGGUUCUUGCAUCAAGCUGGGAUGAAAGUAAGACCAUCUAUCAUGCAGGAUGCUGUGAGCCUGUGCUCUUACCCUUUCAUCUUCGAUGCGCAAGCCAAGACCAAGAUGCUGCAGACAGAUGCUGAACUCCAGAUGCAGGUGGCCAUCAGUGGAGCGAACUUACAGAAUGUUUUCAUGCUCCUCACCCUCGAGCCCCUUUUAGCUCGAAGUCCUUUCCUGGUCCUGCAUGUCCGUAGGAGCAACUUGGUUGGCGAUGCUUUGAGAGAGCUAAGCAUCCAUUCAGAUAUUGACUUGAAAAAGCCUCUGAAGGUGAUCUUUGAUGGUGAGGAGGCUGUUGAUGCUGGUGGAGUCACAAAGGAAUUCUUCCUUCUGCUGCUGAAAGAGCUUCUGAAUCCUAUCUAUGGAAUGUUCACCCCCUACUCUGAAUCGAAUCUUCUGUGGUUUUCAGAUACCUGUUUUGUAGAGCACAAUUGGUUUCACCUAAUUGGCAUCAUCUGUGGAUUGGCUAUAUACAACUUCACUGUUGUGGAUCUUCACUUUCCAUUGGCUCUGUACAAGAAACUCUUGAAUGUGAAGCCUUGCUUAGAAGACGUGAAGGAGCUGUCUCCCACGGAAGGAAGGAGCCUUCAACAGCUUUUAGAUUACCCUGGGGAGGAUGUUGAAGACACAUUCUGCCUUUAUUUUACAAUAUGCAGAGAAAGCUACGGAAUGGCAGAGCAGAAGAACCUCAUCCCUGAUGGAGACAAGAUUGCAGUUCAGAAGGAUAACAGGCAGGAAUUUGUCGACGCCUAUGUGAAUUACAUCUUUAACCUUUCGGUAGAUGAGUGGUACACAGCUUUCUCCACUGGCUUCCUGAAGGUGUGCGGUGGGAAGGUUCUAGAACUGUUCCAGCCCACUGAGCUGAGGGCCAUGAUUGUAGGAAGCAGCAACUACAACUGGAAGGAACUGGAAGAGAGUGCAGUUUACAAGGGGGAUUAUUCGUCUACACAUCCAACUGUGCAAAUGUUCUGGGAGAUCUUUCAUGAGUUUCCUCUGGAGAAGAAGAAAAAGUUCCUCUUGUUCCUGACAGGCAGUGACCGCAUCCCCAUCUAUGGCAUGUCGAGUUUACGCAUUGUCAUCCAGUCCACGUCGAGCGGGGAGCAGUACUUGCCCGUGGCUCACACCUGCUACAAUCUCCUUGACCUCCCCAAGUACAGCAGCAAAGAAAUCCUGAGCACACGACUUACUCAAGCCAUUGACCACUAUGAGGGCUUCAGCUUGGCCUGAAGGGAAGCCGCCACCAACACAGACAAUUCUGUAUAGAAAGAAAAUACUGUCUUGUUUUUAUUUUUGUAAGGAAAUAGGAUAAAGAUAUUCAGUGAAAGGCAGAGGGGGGCAAGGACAGCAGAGGACAAAGAACCCAGUAAAGUCCAGUCAACAUUCCUCAGGAUUUUGACUUUCAUGUUUUUUCAACCUGUGAAACAACAUCUGUUGAAACUUCUUUUUUCAUUCUGUUUAAAAAUACCUCCAAUAUUUUGAGAUCCCUUCACCUUUUUGAAAGAUAAGGCUGUGAGAAUCCUGACAGGAAAAAUGUUUUGCUUUCCCACACCCCAUCUCCUCAGAUUCAGGUUCCCUAACUCUCCCCAACCACAGGUAAUUUCUGUGGUAAAACAGACGUGUGUUCCUUGUUUGUUCAAUAGUACCAGAGAGCUACAUACUAGAUAUUAUCACACAAAGAUUAGUACAGGGGUUGGGAGGGUGGGUUAUGAAGGUUUUACAAGUUUAUGUAUCCCCCCCCCAAUGGAUACUUUUUACAGCAGGUGUGGGAAACCUUUGGCCCUCCAGCUGUUGCUGAAUUACAGCUCCUCUUAUCCCUAGCCAUUGGCCAAGCUUCCGGGGGUUGAUGGGAGUUGUAGUUCAGUGACGUCUGGAGGGCCAACGGUUUCCCCAUCCCUGGUCUACAGAAAUGUGAGAGGAGUGGUAAAUAAUUUCACCACUUUCUGUUUAGCCAGAAGAACUUCAGUACCCUGCAUGUAGAGGGAUGGAAGGGAGAAAUGCUCAUGCAAACCUGAGUGGAACACCUGAAUUAUUUUGCAUUUUGUGCUGUUGGCUGUUGUUUAAGAGCUGUGUAUGCAUUUUAAAUGCAGUGGUGUUUCCCCCCAUAAUUCAGGGGUGGGAUUCUCACAGCAGAGCACAGCUCGUGUUUCCCUUCCCACCCCUGUUGUGCAUGCAGCUGGAGUCUUUUGCAGAGCACUAGUGAGCCCCUUCUGCCUGCCUUCCCAGUCUCAGCCAAGUAUGCCUCACAGCCACCAUUCUGUCAUUCAUGUAGGUCAGGGUUGGGGGACCUGUGGCCAUCCAGAUGUUGUUGGACUCCAGCUCCCAUCUGUCUCAGACAGCAUGGCCAAUGGUCAGGGAUGAUGGGAGUUAUAGUCCAGCAACAUUUGGAGGGCCACAGCCCCCCCCAUCCCUGGACUAGAUGUUACCACCUCUUUUGUUGAGAAAGCCAGGGCCCUGGCACACAUUUACACUGAAGAAGCCGAUGAAGCAGUUUUCUGUGUCCCUACCUCUCAACCCAUGUCCCAGAAGAACCCCUUCUUCCACGCAGAUGGCAUGAUGAACCACUCUCCUCUCUUUUCCGAAGUCCAUUGUAAAUCUAAUUUAAGCCUUGCUCUUGGAGAACAUAUUUAUUGAUAAAACAUGGUGGCCUGGGUCCAGCUGGUUAUGACCCACGGGGAGCAGUGGCAGGAGUUAGUCAUUGGGGCCAACCUCCAUGUGACAUUUGGCCUGGCUUGGCUAAUUUCUUCCUUUAAACGAACAGCUGGCAAGAAUUGGGCCAAGCCAGAUCAGGCCCAUGGUGUGUGGGGUGAGGAGGAUUUUACCCUUUCCUCCUGCUGCAGCCCCGGUCGGCAUCGUGCCCGGUUGGUGCCAUGUCUCAUUUGGCCCUGAAUCACAAUCCACUUUGGCUGGAUUGGGGCCACAGUAUUUAUGUACCUUUUCUUUAAUCAUAGCAUUGAACCAUAUUUUGCACCUUCUGAUGAAAAAACUGUGAAGGUACUGGGGGCUUUUUAAAAAGAAAUUACACAUUGAUCUGCUACUUGGGUAGCCAAUCAGCCUCUUUGUACUACAGCAUUAAAUACGGCUCUAUCAAAUGUUUGUUUUCUAUGUGUCUGUACAUAGCCCAGUAUUAUGCAAUAAAUGUAAUGUUUCCUUCAA